CUAUCUUCUAUCCGGCACAUAAAUCUGGCCUCCGCGAAAGACUUCUUUGCUACCAUUGAAGGUUUAUUCACAUUAAGCGAUUUCUUUCCUUUGACACUUGAGCAUGUCGUGGCUUGUCAACACUACCCGAAUGAGAUCGAGUUGAAUGCAAUAAUGAGCCAGGUCAGCCUGACCCCAGUGCAGAUGGGUUACAUUUUCUCAUUUAUCAUUUUAGGAAUAUUGAUGGACAACAAUGGCAAUAUCAAGAUUGGUAUCUCUGCCCACUAUUCCAUGAAAGACUCUUUAAACCCCCUCCCUCUGACGAUGACAUUAGGCCGCCUUGAGAAAUGUGUUUUGCGAGCCGCAAAGAAACCCCAGAAAACAGAGAUGAGAUGUCUAGCAAACAUCAUGAUGGAGCUACUACAGAAAUACGUCAAGGAUGAUGGAAAUAUCGGCAUUGACGACUUAGAUCGCUGGCCAUCUGACUCUGUGCCUGUUGAAUUCCUUUUAGCAACAACGGUCUCAGACUCAGUAGGAAGUCUCAUGAAGGUAGGUACAUCUCUUCCUGACACAGCGACCACUUGCUCACAUAAUUGA